AUGGUACAAUGCCGUCUAACCACCUUCCAUGGAAAUGACCCGAAAAUACCAGUGAGUUCCUCUAGGUGCCGCGUUACACCUUGUGGAAAAGAGACACCAUCGUUUAAUAUCUCGCGCAUUUUGGUGGUGCCAAAGUUGAAAGUAGCUGACGUUUACGUGGAUUGGCCGAGACUGAAGAGGAGAUGGCCUCAUCUUCGCGAAUUAGACAUCCCUGCGAUUGAUACAAAUCAAGUAGGCUGCUUCAUCGGAAUCAACGUACCAAAGGCACUUCUGCAGCUGGAAAACGGAACGCUAAGCGAGGAGGAACCCAUCGGAAUAUUGACACAAUUCGGUUGGUCUGUGAUCAGCGAUAUACCAAUCACAUGUAUGGGCGAACGGCUAGAGAAUUGUCAAGCCUUAUCGCUUCGAGAGGACAAGGCCGACGAGGCUAUCCAAGAACUGUGGACGCCAGAAUUCUUCACGUCGAGAGCUGAGCGUCAAGCGUACUCAAACGAGCAAGAAAAACGCGCCUUGAAAAUACUGGAGACAACCGUUCGAUAUCUUGGCGAUCGAUACGAAAUUGGCCUACCAUGGAAGUCGGACGACGUCUACCUCCCAAAUAAUCUUGCCAGCGCCCUCAGGAGGUUGUAUGCAACAGAGAGCCGAUUUCAACUAUAUGCCGAGCACGGUCGUCGCUACACGAAAGCCAUCGAGGCCAAUAUGAAGAAUGGAUUUGCCAGACGUUUGACGAAAACUGAACUCGAAGGUCCCAUUGGUAGGACGUGGUACGUGCCGCAUUUCCUGGUAACCCAUCAAAACAAGCAAGACAAGCCACGACUAGUGUUUGAUGCAGCCAGCCGACACAACGGCGUAAGCCUUAACGACGCCUUGAUAAAUGGACCGUCGUUGUUAACCGACCUUCAUGACCUACUAGUGAUCUUCCGCGUACGACCCUGUGCUGUCUCAAUGGAUAUAGAAAAAAUGUUCCUUCAGGUGCGUGUUAAGGAGGAGGAUCAAUCCGCAUUCCGCUUUCUGUGGAGCAGCCCAGGUAGUGGCGGCCCGCCAUUGGAGUUCCAGAUGAUGGUUGAGAUAUUUGGUGCUUCCUCGUCCCCUACGUCGUGUGCGUGUGUUUUACGACAAACAGGAAAAGACAAUCCCGCUUACGGCGACGUUUCAGAAAAGAUCAUUGCCAAUUUUACGUCGACAAUUAUCUUGACUCGUUUGACAACGUCGCAACCGCAGAAAGAAUUGUCAUCGCUUGACGGAGCUGCUAAAAAAAGGAGGCUUCAGACUGACACAUGUCAUGACCUCAUCGAUGGAGCUUUGGUCAUCUUUUCCCCCCGAAGAGCGAGCUGGCCCAGAGAUGAAUGCCGACCUGGACGGACUACCGAUGGAGAGGACGCUAGGGCUUUUGUGGCGAGGCGAAUCUGA